UUGUGACCACUGAACAGAACUUGCCCAUUGAAAGCAAGCCCGAAACAGCUGGAUAAUGUCCACUCCGAGCAGAUUCAAAAAGGACAAAGAGAUCAUCGCCGAGUAUGAAAGUCAAGUCAAAGAAAUUCGAGCUCAAUUGGUAGAGCAACAAAAAUGCCUGGAACAGCAAACGGAAAUGCGAGUUCAACUUCUCCAGGACUUACAAGAUUUUUUCCGAAAGAAAGCUGAAAUUGAGACGGAAUAUUCUCGGAACCUAGAAAAGUUAGCGGAAAGGUUCAUGGCCAAAACAAGAAGUACUAAGGAUCAUCAACAGUACAAGAAAGACCAAAACCUCUUGUCUCCAGUGAACUGCUGGUACUUACUCCUGAAUCAAGUGAGGAGGGAAAGCAAAGACCAUGCAACCUUGAGUGAUAUCUAUCUGAACAAUGUCAUCAUGCGGUUCAUGCAGAUCAGUGAUGAUUCCACCAGGAUGUUUAAAAAGAGCAAAGAGAUUGCAUUCCAACUUCAUGAGGAUUUAAUGAAGGUUCUUAAUGAGCUUUAUACGGUGAUGAAAACAUACCAUAUGUAUCAUGCAGAAAGCAUCAGUGCAGAAAGCAAGCUGAAAGAGGCUGAGAAACAAGAAGAAAAGCAAAUUGGAAGAUCUGGUGACCCAGUCUUCCAUAUUAGACUGGAAGAGAGACACCAGCGGCGAAGCUCUGUGAAGAAAAUUGAAAAAAUGAAAGAAAAGAGACAAGCAAAGUAUUCUGAAAACAAGCUGAAAUCAAUUAAGGCACGGAAUGAAUACCUCCUUACCCUUGAAGCAACCAAUGCCUCAGUUUUCAAGUAUUAUAUUCAUGAUCUUUCAGAUUUAAUUGAUUGCUGUGAUCUUGGCUACCAUGCAAGUUUGAACAGAGCCUUAAGAACAUAUCUCUCUGCGGAGUAUAACCUUGAAACCUCCAGGCAUGAAGGCUUAGACAUUAUUGAGAAUGCAGUUGACAAUUUAGAGCCCCGGAGUGAUAAACAGAGAUUCAUGGAGAUGUACCCUGCUGCGUUCUGCCCACCAAUGAAGUUUGAGUUUCAAUCACACAUGGGUGAUGAGGUCUGCCAGGUCAGCGCUCAGCAGCCGGUCCAGGCAGAGCUCAUGCUGAGGUACCAGCAGCUACAGUCACGACUGGCCACACUCAAAAUCGAGAACGAAGAGGUUAAAAAAACAACGGAAGCCACCUUGCAGACGAUUCAAGAUAUGGUCACCAUCGAGGACUAUGAUGUUUCAGAAUGCUUCCAGCAUAGUCGCUCCACCGAGUCUGUGAAGUCUACUGUCUCUGAAACCUACCUGAGUAAGCCCAGCAUCGCCAAGAGAAGAGCUAACCAGCAGGAAACCGAGCAGUUCUAUUUCAUGAAAUUCAGAGAAUAUUUGGAAGGUAGUAAUCUCAUCACAAAACUUCAAGCCAAGCAUGACUUGCUACAGAGGACCCUAGGAGAAGGUCACAAAGCUGAAUAUAUGACUACAAGGCCUCCAAAUGUUCCCCCUAAGCCCCAGAAACACAGGAAGCCCAGGCCCCGCUCACAGUAUAAUGCUAAGUUGUUUAAUGGGGAUUUGGAAACAUUCAUCAAGGACUCAGGACAAGUUAUCCCCCCCAUUGUGGAAAGUUGUAUCCGGUUCAUCAAUCUCUAUGGUCUUCAACAUCAGGGGAUUUUCAGAGUGUCUGGUUCCCAGGUGGAAGUCAAUGAUAUUAAAAAUUCCUUUGAGAGAGGUGAAAACCCUUUGUCUGAUGACCAGAGUAACCAUGAUAUUAAUUCAGUUGCUGGUGUUCUGAAGCUCUAUUUCCGUGGGCUGGAAAACCCCCUCUUUCCUAAGGAAAGAUUUAAUGAUCUGAUUUCUUGUAUCAGAAUAGAUAAUCUCUAUGAGAGGGCGGUUCACAUCCGCAAACUCCUUCUGACCCUGCCCAGGUCGGUCCUUGUAGUGAUGAGGUACCUCUUUGCCUUCCUCAACCACCUUUCACAGUACAGUGACGAGAACAUGAUGGAUCCUUACAACCUGGCCAUCUGCUUUGGCCCAACAUUGAUGCCUGUCCCAGAAAUACAGGAUCAAGUGUCUUGCCAAGCUCAUGUGAAUGAAAUUGUCAAAACCAUCAUCAUUCACCAUGAGAUUAUUUUCCCAGAUGCUAAAGAGCUGGAUGGUCCAAUUUAUGAAAAAUGCAUGGCUGGAGACGAUUACUGUGACAGCCCAUACAGUGAGCACGGUACUUUGGAGGAAGUGGAUCAGGAUGCUGGUACAGAGCCCCACACCAGUGAAGAUGAAUGUGAACCAAUAGAAGCCAUAGCCAAGUUUGACUAUGUUGGGCGGUCUGCCAGAGAACUGUCUUUCAAGAAGGGCGCCUCCCUGCUGCUGUAUCACCGUGCAUCUGAGGACUGGUGGGAAGGCAGACACAACGGGAUUGAUGGGCUUGUACCUCACCAGUACAUAGUGGUACAGGAUAUGGAUGAUACGUUUUCAGACACUCUGAGCCAAAAAGCAGACAGUGAGGCCAGCAGUGGACCAGUCACAGAAGACAAGUCUUCAUCCAAGGAUAUGAACUCCCCAACAGACCGACAUUCUGAUGGCUACUUAGCCAGACAAAGAAAGAGAGGCGAACCACCUCCUCCAGUAAGGCGUCCUGGCAGGACCAGUGAUGGCCACUGCCCACUCCACCCCCCACAUGCUCUUUCCAACUCCUCAGUUGACCUGGGGUCCCCAAGCCUGGGCAGUCACCCCCGAGGAUUGCUGCAGAAUCGUGGCCUCAACAAUGACAGUCCUGAGAGGAGGCGUCGGCCUGGCCAUGGCAGCCUGACCAACAUCAGUCGGCACGACUCCCUCAAGAAGAUUGACAGCCCUCCUAUUAGAAGGUCUACGUCAUCAGGGCAAUAUACAGGCUUCAGUGACCACAAGCCAUUGGACCCAGAGACAAUCGCUCAGGAUAUUGAAGAUACAAUGAACACUGCUUUGAAUGAGCUGCGAGAACUGGAGAGACAGAGCACAGCAAAGCACGCCCCUGAUGUGGUGCUGGAUACCCUGGAGCAAGUGAAAAACUCUCCCACCCCUGCCUCAUCCACAGAAUCUCUCAGCCCUUUGCACAGUGUUGCCCUCAGGAGCUCUGAGCCUCAGAUUCGACGCAGCACUAGCUCCUCCAGUGACACAAUGAGUACUUUCAAGCCAAUGGUGGCACCUAGAAUGGGUGUUCAGCUGAAGCCACCAGCCCUCAGGCCAAAACCCACUGUUCUUCCAAAAACAAACCCAACCAUAGGACCUGCCCCACCUUCCCAGGGUCCAACAGACAAGUCUUGCACAAUGUAAAAAUCAGCUGAGCAAGGUCACCAGAGGCAGCGAUUAAAAAAAGAAAACGGAUUAGUGACAAAGGUCAACAAUCCAUAGCUUUCAUUAGUUUUGUGCUUAUAACUGGAGAUCUUUUGGCUUUUCUGUGGUUCUAGAAUGUAACGUCUGAGACUAGCUAAAUUAACACGGGCAUUUGUAUUUUGUAAUUUUUUUUUUAAAUAACUGGACAGAUGUCAUUUUUGAGACAAUAGAAACACUUAGACUUACUUGAAAAUCCAAUGCUGCACCACUUGUAAUGAAGAAGGCCCUGCUUUCUGCGUUGUUCUGUGCUUCAGAUGUAGCGUAGCCC